AUGAUGCUCACAGAGAUUGAAGAACUCGAGAUCCAUGUCAUCGUCAACGAUGAACUUGAUCCAAUCUCUCCAAGCCCCAAUCCUGCCGUAAAGGCAGCGAGUCGGUUUAUGGGAAUUCCACUGACGCCGUUGAAGUCGGGCACCCAACGAGGUGGAGCGACUAUGGAAAUGCGCAUGGAUAACAUUUGUUGCGCGGCUCACGGUAUCUCGUUACUUCUCGUUGCCACGAAAGGCUCCCAGAAGCACUACCUUCUUUUCGACGCUGGACCCGAAGGUGAGGUGUGGGAAAGAAAUUCUCGCCGACUUAGGACCGAAGUUGGCAAGAUCGAGCACAUUACUCUCUCUCACUAUCACCGAGACCACUCCGGUGGCCUGACUACGGCAAUCGAGCUGAUAAAGCUCAACGACCCUGGCUCAAAACGUGUAGUGGUGGACGUGCACCCAGAUCGGCCUGCAUUCCGAGGGGUACAGGCAGACCAACCGAUCUCUCUCGAAGCUGAUCCUUCUUUCGAAGAGCUAGAGACAGCCGGAGCUACUUUACUGAAGAGUGACAAACCCCACACUGUGCUGGAUGACUUUUUCCUUGUCUCGGGUGAGAUACCUCGCAAAACUAGUUACGAGGAUGGCAUCCACGGAGGAUUGCGCUUCAAUGACUCAACUGCCCAAUGGGAAGAAGACACCUUGAUUAUGGAAGAACGAUAUGUGAUGUGUAAUCUCAAAGAUAAAGGUCUUGUUGUUUUCACCGGUUGCGGUCACGCAGGCAUCGUGAACACCUGUCGCGACGCAGCCAGGCUGGGAAACGGCAGCCCCCUCUACUGCGUCGUGGGUGGGUAUCAUCUAGCGGACGCGGACGAUGCUAAACUCGACGCGACGAUGGAUGAUUUAAAGAAAUUGGACCCCAAGGUGCUCCUAGCCGGACAUUGUACGGGCUGGAGAUUCAAGUGUCACAUUGCCAAAGACAUGCCCAACUGCCUCGUGCCAUGUUUCUCGGGUAGCAGGUACACUCUCUGA